UAGACUUUCUGGCCGGUAGUGAGUAGGGUUUUUUUCCAUCGAGCUAACGAUCCUAGUUCACGAUAGACAAUCCUUAUCAGCUACUGUAACUUCAAAUUUAUCCGAUAAAAAAAAUAUCAAAUCUCUACCUACCUAGGUAUCCAUCACAUCCCUUACAAUUACAAACAUUGAAUCAAUCGACUUUUGACCUAUCUUGUCACACUCACAAAUAUGCGAGGAAAAAGGGCGAAGCAAUACAAAAAGCUCAUGCAACAAUAUGGCAUGAGCUUCGGUUUCCGCGAGGCAUAUCAAGUUCUUCGUGAGCUCCCCCAAUUUUGCGCAUCAGUACAAAGAUCCGUUUUAUAACUGACUUUCUACCCCUACAGUCGACGCUGAGAUCAUUAAGGAUGCCGAUAGAUUUAAGAUGGAUCUGGUUGGCGGUUUAGAGCGAACACUUCAUGGCCAAGUUAAGCCCAGUAUGUUCACUCCUCUUCUACAUUUUGUCGCAUUAAUUACUAACAUAUCUUAGUGAUUACACAGUGCUCAAUGCGCCAUCUAUACGCUGCCUCAUCAGAACCUGGAGUGUCAUAUCUCAUCGAUAAAGCUAAAACGUACGAGCGACGCCGUUGUGGUCAUCUUCCAGAAGAUUAUCCCGAACCUCUUUCAGCCCACGAUUGUAUCAAAGCAGUAGUUGACGGCAAAGGCAAUGGAACCAACAAGCACAGAUACGUGGUUGCAAGUCAAGAUAUAGAAGUCAGGAAAGCUAUGAGGGCAAUUCAGGGCGUGCCUUUGGUUUAUAUCAAUAGGAGUGUUAUGAUCAUGGAACCUAUGGCAGAAACAUCUACAGAAGUGAGGGGAAGGGAAGAAAGAUCCAAAUUUAGACAAGGUAUAAAGUCAGGAAGGGCCUCGGGAAGUCUCAAGAGGAAGAGAAAUGAAGGCGAUGAGGACGAUGACGAAGAAUCGGCAAGGAAGGAUAUGGGUGCGGCAGAAGGUGUUGCGAAAAAGAGGAAAAAUGUUCCAGGACCCAAAGGCCCAAACCCAUUAGCAAUGAAGAAGAAAAAGAAGGUUGAGGGGGAUAACACGAAACCCAAUGCGUCAAAUAAAUUGGCCGACGCAAAUGGUACGGAAGCAGAUGGUUCAGAACCUGUCAAACGAAAACGAAAACGUCUACACUCGAAGAAAAAGUCGGAGGAUGGAGCUGAUGGAGAAACGGGAAAAUCAAGUGAGAAAAUGGACGAAGCAGAUUGAUAUGAAAGGUAAUAUCAAGGUUAAAAGAUUUUAUCGAGUAGGAAGUUACAUAUAAAUUAAUCACAAGUAUACUCGGAAAGAAUGAUACCCAAAUAGACGGAAUUUAGCUGUAUGGUUAUUUGCUGUUUGGUGUUGAAGUUAAACAAAGAAUCGGCAAGCACGAUAUUGCGAUUCGGAAUAAUCAUGUACAAUCUGACCAACCCCCUGGAUGACGCCUUUA